CGCGGGCGUCGUCUUGCCCGGCUUUCCAUCGGGCUCGCCCGCGCCGAGGGCGCCCCGCAGGCCGCGCAUUGUCGCUGGGCGGGCCUCGCCUGCUUUUGCGCGGGGCAUCGCCGCCCGCCGUUCGCGAUCUCGCAGGAGAUCUUCGCCGCCGCCAUCGAGGCCCCCCGCCCGCGCGGGCCCCUCGAGGCCGGGAAGGGGGCCGGGGCGAACUUGCGAGCGCGGCUCGGGGCGAGUCGGCUGCUCGGACGCCUCGCCGCGCGGCGGCGGGGCAGCUGUGGCCUCGAUGCUGGCGGGGGUCGGGGAUGCCCCGACUGUCGCGGGGGCGUCGGGCACGGCCAGCUCGCGCAUCGCGACAGCCGCGAGCAAGCUGGGCGCGGCGGCGCGGCAGCCCUUCGCUGGGCGUUGCGGGCUCGCGGGGGCCAGGGGGGCGGGCGUCGCCGGCGCCGCCGCGCAUCCAAUGAACCAGCGAACCUUGCCCUCAAGGCGCUGCGGCAUCGAUUGUCGCGCAAUGGCGCGACCGCGAUUGCGCGGCAGGCGAGCAGCUGGCUGCGGGGGCUUCCCAGGGCGAGGUGGCUCGCAGGACAGCCGGGCGUCUUUCUGUCAGACGUGGCCGGCGCGCGGCGGCUCCACAACUCGCCGCUUCUGCGUCUCCGGGCCGCAAGGGGCAUCGGGCAGCAGGAGUCCAUCGCGGUCUACGCAGACGCGGUAUCUUCAGUUUUCCACGAGCGGGUCCGCGGCCCGCUUCCCCGUAGCCCCGGGGCGCAGGUCGGAUGGGCGAGCGGGCAGCUCAGUGCAGCCGCGCGCCAGUUGAGCAUUUGGAAGCUGAACGCGACCACGGCGCCGGAGGCGCUGGAUUGGCCGGCCACCUCUCAGCCCGGAGGCCAGGGGCAACGCGUCCACGAUGUGCUCCGCGCAGUCGAUCACCGAGGCUCCGACGCGCGCGCCGCGCCGCGGCCGGUCCAGGUGCGCGGCAAUGUGUGCGGCUUCGACCCGCUCACGGCCGACCAGCGGGACGAUCUUCUUGCGCGGAGGCCAGUUGGCACGGCGCUCGGGCACCAGCCAGCUGCGGGCGCGGCCGCGGCGGCAGCGGGCCGACAGUGGCGCGUCUCGGACACAGGACACGAGAGCUUCAACGAGGUGAUCCCCGAUGGCAGCAUGCUCGGGGACCGCGCUGUGGUAGAGGGCGGGACGGGCCUCCACCUGAUCAACCAGGAGUCGGGCGAGCGGGUCUCGGUGCAGCGGGUGAAGAGCCGCGACCUGGGCGGCUGGCUCGCGGCAAAGUUCGCCGACUGGCCGUUCGAGGGCCCGUCGACGGCUCGCGAGCUCAUGGCGGACGUGGCGGUGGCAGGGCUCGAGCUGCACCUGUGCCCGACCUGGUGGGAGAGCAAAAGCGGGGUGAACCCGUCGGGCAGCGUCGCGCGCGAGGUCAGGCUCGCCUUCGACUACCUGCGCGCGAUGCAGUCCCACGACCAGCUGAACAUGCAGGCCCUCGCGUCGGUGGAGCUGAUCUGCCGCCGCAUCAUCGUUUGCCAGCGGGCCGUCAGACUCAACCCGAAGGCGCCCGACUUCACAGGCUUGGAGCGGUUCGUGCAGUCGAACUUCGACGAGUCAGGCGGCCUCAAGACGACAGAGCUCGACAAGUACAUGGCCGAGCAGCAGAAGACGAGCGCGACGGUACUCAAGAGCCUCAGACAGGACCUCCAGGAGCAGGAGAACGAGAGGAAGAGGCAGGCCGGUCGCAACAAGGGCGACGGCAAGCCGGGCAAG